AUGUCUGACGUACCACAGGACGCGAACGCCGGCUGCCCGGGCACCGGCAGCGAGCAAGCGGGAAAGACAAGUGGCUGCGCCGGUUGUCCGAAUCAGGGAUCCUGUGCAACUGGCCAGGGGCCAAAGCCGGAUGAAGAUGUACCCAAGAUCGCCGAACGUUUCUCGAAAAUUCGCCACAAGAUUCUGAUCCUUUCUGGGAAGGGCGGCGUCGGAAAAAGCACGCUGACCGCCUCACUGGCUAGGGCCCUGGCUGAAGAUACGAACAAACAGGUCGCCGUUCUCGACAUCGAUAUCUGCGGACCUUCACAGCCACGAAUGUUUGGAGCCGAGAAUGAAACUGUGCACGACAGCGCUAGCGGAUGGUCACCCGUAUCUGUUCGCGACAAUCUGCAGCUGAUGUCCAUCGCUUUUCUCCUUGGUGAAAAAGAUCAAGCGGUUAUCUGGCGCGGUGCUCGCAAGAACGGCAUGAUCAAGCAGUUCUUGCGCGACGUCGAUUGGGGAGAGGUGGAUUAUCUGUUGAUUGACACGCCCCCGGGUACCUCCGAUGAGCACAUUUCGGUCGUUCAAUUCCUUCUGCAGGCCGGGCCGUUGGAUGGGGCUGUUAUUGUCACGACCCCGCAGGAAGUGGCUCUACUGGACGUCAGAAAAGAGGUCAAUUUUUGCACAAAGACGAAGGUGCCGAUAAUUGGAGUCGUCGAGAAUAUGUCAAGCUUUGUCUGCCCGCACUGCAAACACUCGACCGUCCUCUUCCCAAGCAGCACAGGUGGCGCCACUGAGAUGUGCAACGUUGGCAAGAUGGAGCUGCUAGCACAACUUCCACUCGACCCUAGCCUGGCCAAAUGCCUCGACGAAGGUGCCGAUUUCUUUGAAGAGCACCCCGAUUCGCCCAUGGUCACCGCAUUCAGCAAUCUGGCCAAGAAGCUGACGGACAAGAUUUCCGGAAAC